CGCCCUGUUCACCCCCACUUACUGGCGUAUCUCGUGUUCUGAAUGGUGCAAGCCGGUUAGCAUGCUACGCAGACGCGAAAUCUAGUGCAAAUAAAUACAAAUAGUACAUAUUAAAGGACAAAUUGCAGCAGCUGGAACAUAGCCCUGCUUGCGGAGUAAUAUAGGAGACGAGGAGGGAGCGGGUUGGUGGAUAGAGGGGUGCGUGGCGGUGGGAAGUGCUUUCCUAACCAAAUCCUCCACCAGCACGGCUCGCUCAGAACAUGGCGGAACACCACACUGCCUCCGACUGUAAGCACAAAGCGAGCUCCAACGCCGGAGGUUCGGUCUCGGGCAGCGGGCGGACCAAUUCCCCAGCUGGAUGUAGCGGAGGCCUGUCCGGGGGACUGACGCAGCCGGCGGGAUGGCAGUCGUUGCUGUCGUUCACCAUUCUCUUUCUGGCCUGGUUGGCAGGGUUCAGCUCUCGACUUUUCGCAGUUAUUCGUUUCGAGAGCAUCAUUCACGAGUUUGACCCAUGGUUCAACUACAGAUCAACUCAUCAUCUCACCACUAAUGGCUUUUACGAGUUCCUGAACUGGUUUGACGAGAGAGCCUGGUACCCACUGGGCAGAAUAGUGGGAGGGACGGUGUAUCCUGGUCUGAUGAUGACUGCAGGCCUCAUCCACUACAUACUGAACCUACUCCAUGUUACGGUUCACAUCCGUGAUGUUUGCGUGUUCCUGGCCCCCAUCUUCAGCGGCCUGACCGCCAUAUCCACCUUCUUGUUGACACGGGAGCUGUGGAACCAGGGUGCCGGUCUGCUAGCGGCAUGUUUCAUCGCAAUCGUGCCCGGCUACAUCUCCCGCUCUGUGGCCGGCUCGUUCGACAACGAGGGCAUCGCCAUUUUUGCCUUGCAGUUCACCUACUACCUCUGGGUGAAGUCGGUAAAAACUGGCUCAGUGUUCUGGACCAUCGGCUGCUGCCUCUCGUACUUUUACAUGGUGUCUGCGUGGGGUGGUUACGUCUUCAUCAUCAACCUGAUUCCACUCCAUGUGUUUGUACUGCUCCUUAUGCAGCGUUACAGCAGGAGGUUAUACAUUGCCUACAGCACGUUUUAUAUAGUGGGGUUGGUGCUGUCCAUGCAAAUCCCAUUUGUAGGCUUCCAGCCUAUCAGGACGAGUGAGCACAUGGCCGCUGCAGGCGUUUUUGCUUUGCUGCAGGCAUAUGCCUUUCUGCAGUAUCUGAAGGACAGACUGACCAGGCAGGAGUUCCAGACUCUGUUCUUUCUGGGCGUGUCUCUGGCUGCGGGGGUGGUUUUCCUGACUGUCAUUUACCUGACUUACACAGGGUACAUUGCUCCUUGGAGUGGGCGUUUUUACUCGCUAUGGGACACAGGAUACGCGAAGAUACACAUCCCCAUCAUUGCCUCGGUCUCAGAGCACCAGCCCACCACCUGGGUCUCCUUCUUCUUUGACCUGCACAUCCUGGUCUGCACCUUCCCAGCCGGUCUCUGGUUCUGCAUCAAGAAUAUCAAUGAUGAGCGAGUCUUUGUGGCUCUGUAUGCCAUCAGUGCAGUGUAUUUUGCUGGAGUGAUGGUGCGUCUGAUGCUGACUCUGACCCCGGUGGUGUGCAUGCUCUCGGCCAUUGCCUUCUCCAGCGUAUUCGAGCACUACCUAGGUGAUGACAUGAAGCGCGAGAAUCCGCCGGCCGAAGACAGCAGUGACGAGGAUGACAAGAAGAAUCAGGGGAACCUCUAUGAUAAGGCAGGCAAAGUCCGAAAGCAUGUGUCGGAACAGGACCGUCCGGAGGAGGGUUUGGGGCCCAACAUUAAGAGCAUUGUUACCAUGCUUAUGCUGAUGCUCUUGAUGAUGUUUGCUGUGCACUGUACCUGGGUCACCAGCAAUGCCUACUCCAGUCCCAGCGUAGUACUGGCAUCAUACAACCACGAUGGGUCAAGGAAUAUUCUUGACGAUUUCCGUGAAGCAUAUUACUGGCUCCGGCAGAACACUGAUGAGCACGCUCGCGUCAUGUCCUGGUGGGACUACGGCUAUCAGAUCGCAGGCAUGGCCAAUCGCACAACACUGGUGGACAACAACACAUGGAAUAACAGUCACAUAGCACUGGUCGGUAAAGCCAUGUCCUCCAAUGAGAGUGCAGCCUAUGAGAUUAUGAAGUCGCUGGAUGUGGAUUAUGUUCUGAUUAUCUUUGGGGGAGUGAUUGGCUACUCGGGCGAUGACAUUAACAAGUUCCUGUGGAUGGUGCGCAUUGCAGAGGGCGAGCACCCUAAAGAUAUACGGGAGAGUGAUUAUUUUACACCCCAGGGGGAGUUUAGAGUGGAUAAGGCCGGCUCUCCCACCCUGCUCAACUGCCUGAUGUACAAAAUGUCUUACUACCGCUUCGGAGAAAUGCAACUGGAUUUCCGCACACCUCCUGGAUUUGACCGGACGCGGAACGCUGAGAUCGGCAACAAGGACAUCCGUCUGAAGCACCUAGAGGAGGCGUUCACUUCCGAACACUGGCUGGUGCGCAUAUACAGGGUGAAGAAGCCAGAGAACCGUCAGGCUCUGGACCACAAGCUCCGCAACAUCGCAGCCAAGCAGAAGUACACCUCAAAAAAGACAGCCAAGAGGAAGAGGGGAUUCAUCAAAAACAAGUUGGCUCUGAAAAAAGGCAAGAAACUGACCAAGAAGUCUGUUUAGCUAUUGAAUGAUAAAGUUUGAGAACGGAAAAAAGGAAACAAACAAAAAACAAGGACAAAUGCAACUAGUAAAUAAUCCACCAAUCUAGAAGAACAAAUAUAUGUCGUCUGGCACCGCCCACCUGAGAAUAUUUGAUUGGAGGCUUUGAUCCUGUGAUUGCCAUGACGACCACGGAUGGUUCCAUGAUCAGUUUGACGAUGGAGAUCUGCACCAGUUUUAACUCUGGACUUUUUGUUGUUUUUUUCUUUGUUUUUUGGUUUUCUUUUGUAAUUGAAUGUGCUGGUGACGCAAGACAAGCUGCCCGUUUCUAAAACGGUGGUCACUAUUUUUGUGGUACAGUUUAACAUAAUCCAACCGAAUGCUAAAACAACCAACAAAUAGGAUUUCAUUAUGCUCAGUGAAACAUGGAGCACCAAAGAAAUGUUUUUGUUUAGUCAGCCUGUGUGAAUUAGCCUUAGAUAAAAAAGAUUGGAAAAUAAAAGCUACAGAAUCCAAGGAAUGUGGAAUGUGGAGGGAAACGCCCCUUAAAAGCUCUCUUGGUUUUAGCUGACGUCUGACUAACCUUUUUUUUUUUUUUUUUUGUGUGACAGAAUGCAGUAGGUGUCUUUGUGGCUCUGAAUUUGAGUUUCUUUCCAAGGCAGACAUUGAAAAGGACUCCAUUAUUAGUAACGUUUAUCUAUUGUGAUUUUUGAUUAUAAAUCAUUUUGUUACAUCAUUUUGAAUUUUGUUCUUUUUCUAUCGGUUGGAAGAUUUUAAAGGUUUCUGCAAUAAUUCGAAAAUCAAAAUGGUUGUUUGAUGAAGAAUCGGGUUUUAUUUCUUUAUUGCUCAUGUCUUGUUCAGAAGACAGCGCUGUGGCUCGUAAUCUACUGCACACAGUUUGCAAAGACGCUGAUGGAUGUUUCCCCACCGCCUUUUUGAUUACAAGUUUCGGGCCAAUUAGGAAUCCCGAAUUUUUUUUUUUUAUUAUUAUUAUUUCCUCCUAAACGACUGUCUGCCAGGAAAAAGAAUGAAUUGAAUUAGUUGUAGGUUUAUAAAAUGCUGCAUUACUAGCCUGAAUGCACUUUGUCUUAGUUCACCAUAAUGUGGAUCCACUACUGAGAAGCAUGCAGGUGGAGAGUGUGUGUUUUUAUAUUCCAAUCUCUCUUUUUUCUUUUCUUUUUUUUUUUUAUGUUUAAAAGGGUGCUUCCUGCAACAUCAAAUGGGAUUUUUCUUACAUCGGUUAUUCAGGGCUGUCAUUUAAAACUGUUUUUUGUUUUCUGCCUUUAUAGUUUUCAACCUGACAUAUUGCUUUUGCUUUUUGUUGUAAAAUUGGAAGGGAAAAUUUGAUCCAUUUCCCCCCUUUCUGCAUAACACAUCCGUAUAUUAUUCUUAGAGGGCUCUGAGUCUUAGGAAGGUAUUUAUUAAAAAGAAUAAAAAUUGAAAUUAAGAGGAGGAGGCCUUUCAUCCUGAAAUGCAAAAACGUUUCUUUUUGGAGUGAAAAUGUAUUCCAUAAAUUGUAAAAAAAAAAAAAAAAAAAAAAAAAAAGAGCGAGAGAAAAAGAUGCUGUUGUGAGAAUGAGUGAUGCCAUUGUGAUUAAAAAAAAAACUUAAUGGAUAA